GCUACUAGGGGCCGCGCUCAAGUCCGGGACCCACUCGCAGCGCCCAACAUCCGCAGGGUCCCAGAGCCGCAAUUCCCUUGCCCAGCGUUCCCCAGGUUGAGGCCAGAGUUCCGCGCAGUUCUGCUGUCAGGAGUAUUGGCCCCAGACGAGGAAAGCCAAAGCCAGUUCCUUUGGGGUACAGACUCUGCGCCAGACUCCUGUCGCUGCACUGCAAUUUGAACUGGCCACCUCUCCAGGGAAAGAACCUUCCGGUGCCCAGCCCUACUUCAGGAGCCCAGGCUGCCCCAUCCCCUCAGUUGUGGCUGCAGGCGUGGAGCCAUGAGCUGUCUUCUGAACAGGAUGGUCCCGGUGGGGCUAGCUCUGCUGGUCUGCGGAGUGCAGGCCUUUCUCCUUCCCAACACCACGAGCCUGGAGAAGCUGCUGAGCAGAUACCAGGACACAGAGCCACACUCGCGCGUGCGCAGGGCCAUCCCCAUGUCAGACCGCCAGGAAAUCCUCAUGCUGCACAACAAGCUACGAGGCCAGGUGUAUCCCCCUGCCUCCAACAUGGAGUACAUGACUUGGGAUGAGGAGCUGGAGAGGUCCGCAGCCGCGUGGGCACAGAAGUGCCUGUGGGAGCAUGGGCCUGCCAGCCUUCUGGUGUCCAUCGGGCAGAACCUGGCUGUGCACUGGGGCAGGUACCGCUCUCCUGCGUUCCACGUGCAGUCAUGGUACGACGAGGUGAAGGACUACACCUACCCGUACCCCCACGAGUGUAACCCAUGGUGCCCUGAGCGGUGCUCCGGAGCCAUGUGCACCCACUACACACAGAUGGUCUGGGCAACCACCAACAAGAUUGGCUGUGCUGUGCACACCUGUCGGAACAUGAACGUCUGGGGAGACAUCUGGGAGAACGCCGUGUAUCUCGUCUGCAACUAUUCUCCGAAGGGAAACUGGAUUGGCGAGGCCCCCUACAAGCAUGGCCGCCCCUGCUCUGAGUGUCCGUCCAGCUAUGGAGGUGGCUGCCGGAACAACCUGUGCUACCGAGAAAAGCCUUACAAUCAGAAGCCAGAGGUGGAUGCGAUGAACGAGGUGGAAUCGCCCCCUGCUCCCGAGGAAACCCAUGUCUGGGUUCAGCCCAGGGUGGCCAGACCCUCAAAGACCAAGAAGACCCCAGUUGUCAACUUCAUGACCCAAGUGGUCCACUGUGACACCAAGAUGAAGGACUCGUGCAAGGGGUCCACGUGCAACAGGUACCAGUGCCCAGCAGGCUGUCUGAACAACAAGGCAAAGGUCUUUGGCUCUCUGUUUUAUGAAAGUUCUUCCAGUAUAUGCCGAGCCGCAAUCCACUAUGGCGUCAUCGAUGAUCGAGGUGGCUUGGUGGAUGUCACCAGGAAUGGGAUGGUACCCUUCUUUGUCAAAUCUCAGAAGAAUGGCAUGGAGUCUCUGAGCAAAUACAAGCCAUCUAGCUCCUUCACUGUGUCAAAAGUGAAAGAGACGGCCGUGGACUGCCACGCCACAGUUGCACAGCUGUGUCCCUUCGAGAAGCCGGCCACCCACUGCCCGAGAAUCCACUGUCCUGCACGCUGUGGAGAAGAGCCAUCCUAUUGGGCCCCUGUAUAUGGAACCAACAUCUACGCUGAUACUUCCAGCAUCUGUAAGGCCGCUGUGCACGCAGGUGUCAUCGUCGACGAGGUUGGUGGCUAUACGGAUGUGAUGCCCGUGGACAAAAAGAAGAACUACGUGGGCUCCCUCAGAAACGGGGUGCAGUCAGAGAGCCUCAGCGCUCCUCAGAAUGGAAAUGCCUUCCGGAUCUUCGCCGUCAGGCAGUGAAUGUGGCGACCUGGGGAGAAGGGGGUGUCAUCUACUGGGAUUUGGGGUCCUGCUUUUUAUCUGUACUUUGUCCUUUGGGGGUUGGGGGGUUACAGAGAGUCAGGAAUCUUCAUUUUGGUAUCAUCGAACAUCCUGGGCCUCCAUGGCCUUUGCAAGGGUGACAGAGCACCUUCCCCUCAUGAGCAGCGUGUCGUGGAGUCUCUCGGCUGGACAACCAGUGCCCAGACUGGCCAGGUGGCAGUGCCCCAUCUGGUAGCUCAGCUCCUCUCAGGAGCUGCUCACUGAGAUACUCCUUGCCACAUUUUCUUUGGUGGUGGAAGGGGAAGGCUUUCAAACCCUCGAAGGAUACAGGUUUGAGAUGUGUCAUGAAUGGGACUCUUGUCUGGGUGACAGGAGUUGACAGCCGUAAGGUUCCAGUCCGUCCUACCAACAGGGAAAUAGGGUCUGUGUUUGCUGGUCAGACAGAUGGGCUGCAGGGAGAAGCCCUGGGCAAACCCUGGGCUCUGCCCUGGUGGUAUCUAUCGUGUUCUCAUUCCUCUACCAUCUUGGCAGUCACGUGCUUUUACGUCCAGCAGAGCUGGUCUAUUUAAAGUUGGUAGCACUCCAGAAAUUUACCUUGUCUUUGUCCUUGUCUCUGUGGCCUCUUCUCACAUGACCUUUGGUCUCAUGGAGGACCAAUGCAUCAGGUGCCUUCUCCACCAUUCCCUGACCCCGUGGCAUCUGCCACACCCCAAGCAGGCCUAGGUGUCCUCCUCUGGGACUCGGCUUCACAAGCUGCUCCAGGUCUCAGAUGUCUGUUCCCUCCUUAGAACAAGGGCUGUCUCAUGGCUGCCAUCAGAGCGGCAAUAGAACGUCGCUUCCCCCCCUGGUUUGGUUGACCUAGUUUUUAGGCUGUGGGAGGAAUGGAUUCCUGGCACAUUCCUCGUGGGGGUUAAUGGAGUGGCCUGUGGUUGUAAAACCACCCAUGACACACCAGCCACCAGAAAGAGGGGCCUGGACACACAGGAAGAACCCCUCGGCGCUCGCCAGUGUCCCCGGGCUCCAAGAGUGUGGUGAGCCUGGCUUCCAUCGCUUAGGAAUCUGGUCCAAACCCACUGUAAAAUGAAACAUGCUUUUGUAAACAGCUUACUCUAGAGAAGGUGGAAUCCCACCCCAGCCCUGGGGAUGGGGCAGGUUUGCCUGUGAGUGCUGGCCUCAAACAGGGUUUCAGGCUCCAGCCAAAUAUUUCUUAGACAAAAAAGGGGGAAGGGGUAGAAAAUAAAACAGAACACAUGGGGGGGGGGGAAGGGUAGAAAAUAAAACAGAAUACCGUGCCCCAAUCGAAAGGCUGGGGAGGUGCUUGGUGGUUAACAGCUCUUGUUGUUCUACCAGAGGACCUGAGCUCGGUUCCCACUCCUCACUGGCCGCUCACACCCACCUAUAUCUAAGUCUAGGAGAUCUAUGAUCUCCACAGGCACCACACACAUCCACAUGAGCAAAAGUACAAAUGAUUCUUUAAAAAAAAAACAAAAAACCCUAAGGGAGUCUGAAAAAAACCUCCUCCUAUGGAGCCAUAUGGAGCUAGUUGGAUUAAAUGUUUAUUUGUUUGAAACAGUACCACUUAUGUAGUCCAGGCUGGCCUUGACUCAUUAUGUAGCCGAGGCUGGCCUCCAGAAAGCUUAGAUAACUUUCCCAGGAUCUGUCUCUUCCAGGGAGUUUAUAUAAAGCACACAACCUUGAACCGGCUCUAGCUAACCUUCCACGGGGCUGUUUCUGCCUCAUAUGUGUGGGCGUGGUGACUUUGAAGGCAUAAACUCUUCCAUUCCAGAUGCUGGAACACAUCUGCUCAGCCUGUGGAAGGUGACUCCUGGUUGUUUGGUUUCCCAAACAUCUGGGAAACUUCCCGAUGCAAGGAGUGCUGUGGGACCUUUCACCCAGCCUGCAGGGCAAGGUUGACCCAGUAAGGAAAACCAUACCCCUCCUGGGUUUCUAGUAUGAGCAACCAACCCCAUCUUCAGGGAUGUGAAAGUCUGGACUGGGGUCCUCAGUGCUUCCUGGCUGCCCUUCUACCAGGCACAGAGCCUGGCCUAGCAGCCCCUCCCCCCAUCAUCUUCCUCAAUAGUUUAAAACUGGAAGCCCUUCACUGUGGAAAGAGAGGAAACAAAAACUGCAAAUGACAAGAUCUUACAGCAGAGCCCUUCUGACCCUGUGCGUCCAUCAGCUCUCCCAAGUUUAAAGUGACCAUGCCCUCCCCAGCUGCAUCUCCACUCAGUCCUGGUCUUUCAUCUGGUGUUAGUUCUCAUAUGCUUCCGAGCUGUGCCCGGUCUGUUCAGAGGGGUGUACCAACUCUCCAUGAUCUGUAGGCUCUCUCGGCCCGCAGUUUACUGUGUGCUUUUUUUCUAUGAAAAAUGAUAUAUUUUACAACUUCCUAUGUACAAGAGUUUAUUGUAAGUUUUUGUGCUUUGCAUGAACAGGGCCACACUGGUUGUUGCUAUGGUUUCAAUAAAACGGAUUUGGUUUCUAACACA